CGCCGACCGCGCGCAACUCCUCCCGGAUUCAAACCAACUGGCUCAUUUACUACCGCGCUAUAUUUAACCGCUGCGGCCAGAUUAAUAUCUACAUGUUCCGCCAAAAAAUAAGUGAACCGACUCCAGACAGUGAUUUGAAAAUCAACCCACCAGUGCCUACUAACAGUGCCAGUUAUAAAUGAGUGGACACAACGUCAUACGGUAUCCCUUAAUCAUUUUAACGCAGGAAGUAAAUUUUGUUUGCCGUUAACAUCGCCCUCAAAAAUGAAUCCACCGUCGGCGCUCUUCAGCGCUAUGAACCGGGAACGAAAACCGUUCACCUACACGCCUGGUGGAUUGGAUCUUUCGGAGAUAAAGUCGGAACGUAUGGCCAAACGGUUGAUGAGGAAUGCUAUGAACCAAGGAGUGCCUGAGGUCCCCAUACAACAAAUCCAGUCACCACCAAUGCCAUCUACUCCAAUUGCUGUUCCAAAUUUUAAUUGUUUACCAGUUCAAGUAUUUCCGACGUUUAAUCUCCCAGCAAAUCCUAAGUCACUGCUAAGAACUCGGAGUAAUCCUGAAUAUCCCAAAGAACCGACUAAAGGAGUACAGUCUCCUUCAUCAUUUGCAUUUAAUAAUAGUAAACCAAGUGCAGUACAAACACAACAGACUUCGCCAUUUCCAUCGCAUUUGCCGUCACACGUGCCACAAACAAAUAUUGUUGGUCAAAAUAGACCAGCGUCUAUGUAUGAGUAUAAUAUUGUAUCAAAUAGUGCUAACACAAUACCGAAAACAAAUUACGGAAGUAAUGGGUCUACUGUGCCUAUUCUUCCUCCGAUUUGUUAUGAAGCAGAGUAUUUUCAGACUCCUUCAAAAAGUAAUGCUAAUAUUCCAGUGACUAUACCACAAAGAAGUAAAGAUAUAUCUGUGUCCGUACCUAUGAUUAAUGAAGAAAAUGAGAAGUUAUUAGUGCAAGAUGAAAAAAUAUAUACACCUUUAGCUACAGUCACCAUACCUGAGAAUAGUACAUUGCCUACACCAAUAAAAAAUGAUAAUAGUGAGCAACUAUUUAUAGAAGAUGAACGGCUAUGCACACCUAUAGUAUCUAAUAACAGUAUUUCCGUGAUACUAUCAGAAAAAUGUGAAGACAAUAAUCAUGUGACUAUACCUAUAACAAAUAACAAUAAUGAACCAUUGUUAGUACACGAUAAAAAGUUAUACUCUGAUUUUGAAGUACAGCCUAUAAAUACAUCAGUUCCCACAGAAUCAAUACCUGUUGAAGAUGAAGUGACAUCUGAUAACGAACAGAGAGAAGUUAAAGUCGUAAAGAAGCAAGUCAAGAAAGAGCAAAAAGUUGAGAAUGGUGAACAAAAUGGAGAUGUUAAUGUAGACGCUGAAUUAGUAGUUAAGUUACCUGCAAAGAAAUCUGCAGCAAAGACUGAAACUAAAGUAGAAGUACAUAAAACUAUUCUUCCCGAUGGGACAGUUGAGGAAGUAAAAGUAACGACUACAAAAACCACAAUCGAUGGUAAAACAGAAAUUAAAACAAAAACAGAGAAAAAAAUAAUACCUAAAGAAGAAGUUGAGGAAGUUGAGGAGGAAGUAGAAGAGGAGCAGGAAGAAACUUCGGGUAUUGUACAGGAGGUAGAAGAUGAAGUUAUCGAAGAGCCUGAGGUAGUCAUAAAAAAGACUGUCAAAGAAACGCCAGUGGCAGAAAAUGGUCAGAAAGAAACAAUAAUAAAAGAAAAAGAAAGCGUGGAAACAUCGACUACUAAAAAAGUUGUAAUUGUACAAAAAGAAGAAUCUGAAGAGGAGGAGGAAGAGGAGGAGGAAGAAGAAUCUGAGCCAGUUGUUGUUAAAAAAUCAGUUGUGAAACCUCCUUCUCCUAAACCAGAAGUUAAGGAGGAGAAAACUGAAGAAAAGGAUGAAGUUGAAGAAAAUGUUGAAGACGAUGUUGAAGAUAAAGAUGAACUUAAAGAGGAAGUUGCACAAGAAGAAGUUACUGUAACAAUUAAAAAACCAGAACCACUAAAACAGGAUGAUGAUGAAGAAAAGAUUGAUGAGGAAUUUGAAGAAGCUGAAGAAGAAAAAGUAGAACAGAAACAGGAGAAAGUAGAAACUAAAGUAGAAGAAAAAAAGGAAGAUGAAGAAUCAGAAUACACCGAAGAAGAAUAUGAAUCAGAAAAAGAAGAAGUUCCAGUGAAAGAACCUGAACCUAAACCAAAAGAAGUUGAACCAAAAGAAGAAAAGCCAGAGAAAGAGGCAGAAAUAAAACAAGAAGAAAUAACAAAGCUUGAAUCUAAACCUGAAAAACAAGAUGAACAAAAUGAAUCAGAUCCUAUUCCCGAACAAAAGAUUCCACUAAGGGAGCCAUCUAUCCCACUAGAAAAGGUAGAAGACGUAGAAAUCAAACCCAUAGGUCCUGCAAGCGAAGUUAUUUCAAAAACACACACAGAAAAUACUGAAAUCUUUACUAACACUACACAAAAACCAACUGGUCCUCUCAGUACACAAACUGAAUACAGUAGAGUUGAAAACAUAGUGACCGUAAAUCGCACCACCAAAGCACUCGAUCAUAGUUAUGAACAAAUGACACAAGCGGGUAUCCCUACUGUCAGAACAUAUUUCGCCCCCAGCAGGGAAAGGCUUGGAACUUCCCCGACUCCUUCAAAACCAUAUCAGCCAGUGUACACUCCAGCACCCCCUACAGAGAGGCGCCAUAGUUUACUUCUUGAUAGACUGAGCACGGAACGCCAGUUACCUUCUUCCGAUAUUUACCAAAAUUCAUAUCAAACCACAUACAACAACCAAUCAUAUGAGCAGCAGAGACAAUGGUCACAAGAACCACAAUCAGAAGUUUUAAAUGUUAGCAAUGUCAAGCCCAGUAAAAUUACUAAUUCUCAAUGGUAUCAACAAAAUAAUAGGGAAAAUGUAAUCUACAAUAAUGUUACACCUUCGGCUGGUAUUCCACCUCAAGCGCCCACUCCAGCUCCCAUCAAUCAGUUAUGGAAUCAACCUCCAACUGAACAACAACCACAACCACAAUACCAAUCUUCAUACAUAGACAGUACUGCGCAAGAAAGAACCUUAACAAACACUUACCAACCAACAAAUUACUCUUCUUACGCACCCAAACCUACUAACUGGGCUAAUGAUAUACCAUCUGUCAACACAAACCAGUAUUCGUAUAUUAACAAAGACACCACUGAAAAUUACCAAAAAUCAACUCAACAAUUCACUUCUUCAUAUGUUCCUCCACCUUGGGAACAAGACUCAAACUAUGUUUUAGAAAAUACUAGCCAAAAUUAUUACCAACCACAACCACAGAGUAACACAUACACUCCUAGUUCGAACCAAAGCUGGAAACCUACACCACCUCCUAACAAAUUCACUAAACCACCACCUACAGCUUACAUACCACCCGCACCUAAUCAAUCAUUUGUGAGAUCUGCUAGCGUAGUGGAACCACCAAGACUACCUGGCAGAAAAACUUAUUACAGUGAAUAUGAACGGCGGUACAUCACAGUACCUGAAUCCACGUAUAUACCUGGCGAGACAGCGAAGUUCCAACCUCAACCAGAUCCUUCACCUCAAUAUUAUUACGAUAACAAUGAACCAUCGGAAAAAGUGGAGCAUGAGUGGCGUAAAGAGCUCCGAGAAUUUACGGAGAAGACGUCCCAAACGACGGAGCAAACUUCAGUGAAACCUCCAUGGGAAGAGGAUAACAAAUAUGUCAAGGCUCCGUCUUCGUACACUCCUACAUGGAGUCAAACAUUGCGACCGCGAUCAUGGCGCGAAAGAAGUUUUGAGUCUGAAUACGUUGGAUCUCAAGAGCUUCCAAAGACCAAUACUUUGGGUAGAGGUCGUCCAUUAAGUUCUUAUGCCAAAGCUGAAGCGCCUGCCCCUGACAGGGCAAGAGGAGUGUCGGUUGACAGAUACAACCCGAACUACUAUCAGCCUCCGAUUGCAUCGGAGCACCCACCUGUGCCGACACAUACUCUGACACCGACUCCGGCAGCGAAAGCGUACCACAACCCCAACGUGCCUGCGUAUCAUGCCCACCCUCGUGCGUCUGCUGAACCUAGAGACCACCCGGUACCAAUUCCACAAGCGCGUCUAUGGGGCUCAGACGCCCGCGGCAGUCCGGUCCAGUCCAGAUCAUUCAAAUACCUCCAAUGGAUAACUGGGACAGAGGAUUAAACAUCAUGUAGAAGUAAUUUAAACUCUAAGGCUAUUUAUUUAAGAUAUAUAUUUCAUCGCAGCAACUGCAUUCUAUUUUUAGGCGUUCGUCUUCAUCGUGAUCCCAAAAUUCUUCAAACGAAUUCGAAGUGAUUGCAUGAAGUGAAAAAUAACAAUGCAUAAAAGCUGCUCGUACUAAUUAAGGUUGUAAAGUUAUUCGAUAAAACGAAUGGAUCGAUUGUAUGUAAAUUUAGUUUAAGUAGCCAUCUGUUAGUUUUUACUUUUACUCUAUUUUCUUUGUUUAAUUUUCAUUUUUCUCCAAUAAUGUACAGUUUCGCGGGCCUUGUUAUACGUAUUUAACACAUGUGGGAUUUUAGUAAUACUCGAAGGAUCAAUGUUUCAAAUUGUCAGUUAUGUGAUAUUUGUAGUUUGUCGUUCGCUUACCUAGUCAUUUGAGACAUGUAUGUCGCUAGUCUUUACACAAGUAAUCUAGACUUUCUACAAGUGCAUUUUUUGCUUCAUUUUUAAUAUUAUUAUGUACUUAAACUUCUGACUUAUCUAAUUUAAGGAUUAUUUUUGUAUUUUAUUCUAAUUAACUUUUUUGAAAGGUGUACUGUGAGACAUGGCGUCUUUUGUUUAAAAACGAUUUAUGUUUUGCAGUUAUGCGACUUUUGCUUAAAUUAUUUGUUUUAAAAAUAAAUGGAUUAUUUUAAGCUUGUAAUAACCAUAAAAUUAUCACUGUGUGUAUAAUAAAGUUCCUUUCACAUAAAAUAAGGUGCAUGGUCCAUUAUGUUUAUACCACUUCGUUAUUAUCAAUUUCUUUGUUAUUUGUGACAUUAUUGUUGAGUUUUAUUUAAUAAAAGCUAAAAAUGAAAUAUUCAA